GCUACGUGGCGCCACUUGGCGCGGAACUAUCUUCCCAGUGUGUGGCGCCCUCCGGUGGCAGCGGGGCAUCAGUGUGACAGCCAGUUCUGAGCGCCUGCCAUGGACCCUCAGAAGGAGGCGCGAAUAUGCAGGGACCCGGUGGAACGGCUGCCGGCCUCGAGAUCUCAGACGCCUAAAGAGGAGGAUCGCCGGGAGAGCAGCGCAGCUCGGGCGGUGGCUACUCCAAGAGAGGAGGCGGGCAUCGCCAGUGUGGAUGGGCUCUGGGACCUGCCUGUGGAGCCGUCUGAUCGGAGGCCUGAGUGCAGCCGCUGCAGCCGGCCUCAGAAAGUGUGUUUGUGUCCAUUUCUACCAGUACAUCCUCUGCACAUCUCUACCCACUUGUACAUAAUUCAGCAUCCAGCAGAGGAAAGCAGAGUGUUGCGGACAGUUCCUCUACUAGCAGCAUGCCUCCCUCAGGACAAAUGUAGAGUCAAGAUCGGUCGUCGCUUCAGUGAAGAAAGAGAUCCUGAACUUUCAACGGUUUGUCGGAAGUCUAGUACAUUAAUAUUGUAUCCAGGGGAUGAAGCUGCUAGUUUGGAAGAAUUUAUAUUAGACUCUCCUAUUUAUCCUUCCACAAUCAUCAUCAUUGACGGUACAUGGAGCCAGGCUAAGGACAUUUUCUAUAAGAAUUCCUUGUUUCGACUGCCCAAACAGGUGCAGUUAAAAUCUAGCAUUUCUAGUCAGUAUGUAAUUCGGAUGCAACCAACUAAUAGAUGCCUGUCUACUCUGGAAUGUGCAGCUGUUGCUCUUUCCAUUUUGGAGAAAAACAACUGUAUACAAGAGACUUUGCUUCGUCCUCUUCAAGCUUUAUGCUCUUUCCAGCUUCAGCAUGGUGCUCGAAUUCGCCUCAGCAAGGAACACCUUCUGAAAAGUGGAUUAUAUCCUAAAUCAAUGCCAAAGAACAAACGCAAACUCAGGAAAAUGGAACUGUUAAUGAACAGUGUUAAAAUUUAGUACAAAGGUUCUUACAGUGCUACUUACGGUGUCUUUGGCUAACAGUAUCAGAUGAAGUUCUCAUACAAUUUAAGUCUGUGGGUUUUUUGAGUGUCUAAAGAAUGAGGAUUGCAUACUGAACCUGCCCAGAAGAGCACUGCAAAUCGAAUAGCCAUAAAAGCAAACAAACAUAAAUUACACUGACUCAGUGAAAAAGCAAGCUUUUAUACUGUAUUUAUUUUUUUAAUGUGCCUCUAUUAAUUUUUUCAAAACCAUAAUUUUAGAUUUGAUUAGUUGUUGAGCCGGGUUAGAAGUUUUUAUUUUAAAGUGGAAGAAAAUUGUUGUGCCUGAUUGGAACAGUGAUGUUUCCAUUAAUAUUUUAUAGAUAAUUAAGUGUAGACCUAUGUUAGAGGAUACUUCCAUCAAUUUGUAAUAGUAUACACAAACUUUAUAGUUUGAAAUAAGUAACAAAAAUAAUAAUUAAGCAGUUUAGAUUGAAUUUACUUAUUUCAUAAAACAGUACAACAGAAUAAAGAAACUAAGUAUUCUUUGGAUUAUUUAGGGACUAGACUUAAACUCAGCUAAUGUGAUUAAAUGUUCUGUUAAUGCCCCUAAUUUUUUAUUAUGGUGUAAUUGGCAUGUAAUAAUAUAUUAGUUUCAGGUGUACAACAUGUUGAUUUUAUAUUUGUAUAUUAUGAAAUGAUCACCACAAUACAUCUUGUUAACAUUUGUCACCAUACAGUUUUCUUUCUUGCGAUGAGAACUUUUUAAGAUUUACUCUUUUAGCAAGUUUAAAGUAUUCAGUACAGUAUUACUAGCCAUAAUAUAAUCAUCAAGUAGUAUGUUAUAUCUUUAUCACUUAUUUAUGUUCUAACUGGAAGCUUAUACCUUUUGACCCACUUGACUCAUUUGCCCACACUGAAACCCCGUCUCUGGCAACCACCAUUCUCUGUAUCUAUGAGCUUUUUUUUUUUAAUGAUUCCACAUAUAAGUGAUAUAUAUGGUGGAAUCUACUUCCUCCUGCAUAUGGGUGGAACACCUAGCCAAUCUUCCAAUCUUCUGAGGAACAGAGUGAGCAGCCCAGGGUAUUCCAGCAUAUAUGAAGGUUGGAAGCCAAAACUCUAGAGGACAUUGAAAAAUCAGACGACAAGGAAAGUGCUUCAGGACAAUAAGGUCCCUGGGAUCAGUGCAGGGACCAGGGUGUCUGCAGCCCCAGGCCCAGAGCCCAGUGAGUCUGCCACAGGAUUCUUGGGAGAGAGCCAAAUCAAUGGCACCUUCCCCUGCCAAACAAGGGGGUUUGAGCAGCAUCAGGAUGGACCUGGAUGCUUGAAGUCAAGGUGGAAUGGGGAAUAAGAAGGAAGUGGCAAACACAGAGAGAUGGUGGUGUACCCACUGAGACUGUGGACGCCAGCUGGGAAGAGUUGGAACAUGAUGGAGCCUGACCCUGAUAGUCUAUGGUCUGGUUGGAGAUUUGGGCUGUGUGAGAGGCCAGGUGCUUAACUGGAGUGGCAGGCUUGAAUCAGAUGAAUUUCUCAAAAUGAAAAAAUAAGAGGCACUCAGUGGCUGUUUAUGGAAUUCUCCCACAGCAGCCCCCUCUGUGAUCUUGGUCUGUGCCUGUGCAGCCUCUGCAGCCUCACCUCUGCUCCCAGGACCAAGGCUGUGCCCCUACCCCAUCCACAGCAACAGAGCACACCCAAUUGCACCAGUUUCCCCAGUGUGUGCCACGGAACCAGCUGACCCCCAUCCCACCUCAGCUGUUUCCGCAGCAGAAGAGACAUGUGCUGGUAUCUGUAGCAGCAAUCAUGUUGGCAUCUCUGCCCUGCAGGUCAACUGGCUCACUAAGAGGGAGGCAGAGACGCCCAAGCACAGGAGAGCAGGGCUCUGGGAGUCAGCAAUCCCCAGAAAGACUGAACACAGUGGGGGAGCCAAACUACCCUGAAUCGAGUCUGAGAGUCCCUAGCAUCUAGGACAGCAAGAGUGAGAAGGUGAUGUGUGAGUUACCCUUAAUAGGUACAACUCAAGGAUAGCACAGUGGUUGGACUGAAGGUGUAGUCUGGGCAAAGAAGGGUACUAGGGGGCCUGGCAGUGAAUUGAGAAAUUGGGCUGGAGACUGGGCAACUGUGAAGAGUGCUGAUCAGACCUGGUGCCCAUCCCUGCCAAAGCACUGGAAGGUGAAACCCAAUGUCCCUCAGCUGCCAGGAGCCAGGGAGACCAGAAGAACUCACUUGGCAGGUUUGAACCCAGCAGGAGGCUUUUUUUUUUCAAUUCCUUCUUCCUUUCCUAUUUUUUAUUUCCUCAAGUCAGACAGUAAAACCUGGAGCUGUGAAAGGACCAGAGUUAGACCCAAAGAGGGGUCACCCCAACAACUGAGACAGUCAGACAAAUUUCAUUUUGUGAUUCUAGAGAACUUGCAAAUUAUCAUAUAUUUCUAUUAGUUUUUCAACAUUUGUACAUCUUUUAUUUUGUUAGUAUUUUUUAUUUCUCUUCUGUUUAGUCUUCUUUGGUUUGUUAAAUUGCAUUGUUUGGUUUUCCUUGUUCUGCCUUUCACAGUGUGUUUUUAAUUUUCCUUCUUUCAUUUCUACAUGUGUUCUAAUAGCGCACUACUCUAGGUCAUGUACUUCCCACUCUUGUUAUUAAGAUCACAUAGAUUCCAUCAUAUGAUUUUUGCUUCAUUACUAUUGUAAAUAAUUGCUGUUCCAUAUAACUGUAAAUACUACACAGCACCCCUCCUGGAUCAUAGCUCACUUCACUAUAUCAGAAACUUUAUUACUGUUGUGGUUAACUCUAUUCUCUUGUACACUACACCUAUUUUCUAUCCUUUACUCUCACUAUACCUCAUAAUCUGACAUCCCACAAGCUCACUGCUCUCACAGUCUUUCCCUGCCAACAACAGUCUUACCUUUUUUCCUCCCUUUCUAAAAAGUGGCUAUUUGGGUGAAAUAUGGUUAACACUAUGCUUAUCCAAAGGAUCUCCAGUCUCUUCUCUAUGGGUUGGUACUUUAAAUUAUACUAUAGAAUACACUCCUGCUGUCUUACUCUGUUUUGCCUCCAACUGAUCACAAAAAAAGUGUAGGAGGGAGCUGUGAACACCAGUAUACCUGCUGAAAGGGAGAACCCACCAAGAAAGGAACCCUAACAGAUAAUAAUGGAAAAAGGUGAAGGAGUGAGUGGAAGCCAAAAUAAUCUCCACCCAGCACCAUCUGGAAAUACAACCAAAUUGUGGAAAAAUUACCCAGAACAAACAACUGAACAAUAGUGAGAGAGAAGCCUCAAAACAUCAUACAGACAGAAGAAGAAGCUUCAACACAACCUGUUCACACCUGCACAACAAAAUACAGAGGUGGUAGAUGGACUGACACUUAGUUAACCAGCUGGAGGGAAGGAUCCAUCAAAGAAAGAUCCAACAACAAUCAAAACCCAAAUAAGUACAGAGAGCCAACAUAAAUGACAGUCCAAGAACAGCAAGCUCCCAAGAUCAAGGGGACUGCACUACUGUAUCUUGCAGAAAAAACUGAUAUUGUAUCUCAACAUAGAAGUUGAUACCAUAAACGCAGGAAGUCAGAGAGAUCAAUUUAAGAAGCAGAGGAUAACAAGAAGAGUCUCACAAACAAUGGAAAGACAAAGAAACAAUCACCAAAUGAAAGGAAAGGAGGAAGCCUCAGAAAGAAUGUUAGAUGAAAUAGAGGCAAGCCAACUGUCAGACAAUGAGUUCAAAACAAUGGUUAUCAGGAAGCUCAAUGAGAUCACAGAGAAUUGCCAGAAACUACAGGGAAACUACUAUGAAUUCACUGCAAACUAUAUCAACAUGAAAAUGGAAAUAGAAAUUAUUAACAAGGGCCAAGAGGAAAUGAAGAAUACAAUUUAUGAAUUGAAGACUACAGUAGAAGAAAUCAAAAUUCGUCUAGAUGAAGCAGAAGACUGGAUCAGUGAGCUGGAGGACAAGGUAGAGAAAAAACACCUGGAAAGAGCAAGAAAAGGAAAAGAGACUCAGGAACAAUAAAUAGGGGUUAAAGGAUAUUCAGGACAACAUGAAACAUAAUAAUAUUCGUAUAAUAGUGAUACAAGUAGAAGAAGAUGUGAGCAAGGGACUGAACACCUGUUUGAAAAAGUAAUGAUGGAAAACUUCCCUAAUUUGAGGAGACAAGAAGUCACACAAAUUGAGGAAACACAGAGAGUUCAUAUCAAGAGGAACCCAGAGAGGCCCACUUCAGGACACAUAAUAAUUAAAAUGCCAAAAUUCUAAGACAGACAGUUGUAGAGGUAUAAAAGGAGAACAGGAAGUAACAUAUAAUGAAGCCCCAAUAAGACGAGCAGCUGAUUUCUUCAGCGGAUUUCUCAAAAGAGACCUUACAGGCAAGAAGGGGCUGGAAAGAGGUAUUUCAAGUCAUGAAAUCCAAAGACCUACAACCAAGAUUGCUCUAUCCAGCAAAGCUUUCAUUUAGAAUGGAAGGACAGAUAUAGUGCUUCUCAGAUAAGAUCAAAUUCAAGGAAUUCAUCAUCACCAAGUUCUUAUUAUAUGAAAUGUUGAAGGGACUUACCUAAGAAAAAGAAGAUAAAAAAGGUGAACAGUGAAAGGACAGCAAACUCACAGUUAUCAACAACCACACCUAAAACAAAAACAAACUAAGAGGACAGCUAGAUCAGGAGUGGAAACAUAGAAAUGAAGAUCUCAAGGAGGGUUAGCAACAGGGGAGUGGGAGGAGGAGAAGGGGGGAGAAGGUAC